AAUCCUAUUACCUUCCUAGGCUAGGAUCCUUCAUUUAUAUACCCAGUUCUGCAUGCGUCUCCACUACAUGGGUUGAUGCUAUCCUGGGGCCGAAUCCACCGCAGGAUCACCAUCCUAGCCUCUGUUGAAGAAACAAGAGGGAACCCACUCCGUGCGGCUGCCAGGUAGAGAUACACCGUUGGAGUGAAUAGAAAUGUCUAGAUUGUGCGCCGCAUGAGUAGACCCUAUCUGUCGAGUCGCCAUGAGGUAUAGCGUCAUACCGUUGUAUACAAGAACAUGCCGAUCAAGGUUCACUUGGGGCCGUUCCUUGGAGUCGGCAUCGUUCCUGCUCAGAACUUUCACGGGUUAAGUGCGCGCGAAGUGGAUCCUCUUUGCCCUGGAAGGAAUGGGCCCUGCUGGCCUGUGCCAUAUACUCUGUUGACAUUGGAUCUAGGUACACGCCAAAACAGCCCGUUUGUUUCUGUGAUGCUCGUUCGUCGAUUCCGCCUGAAUCGAGGCCCCAGAGAAGACGGAGCUAUAUUUAGCAGAUGGGACUGAGAGUCCCACUAUGAAUGACAUCGGUAUCGGUGGAUCCAGGUCAUGGCCGACUACUAGUCGGGAGGAAUAGGAC